CAAGGUCAAAACUCCAGCGCAAUCCGGAUCAAUCAACGCCUUUCCAACCUCCAUCGGCUGCCUGGUUCUUCCUAUUCCGUCCACCAGAUCGCCUGCUUAGCAGAUCCAUCACGACAGCCCGCGUCGGACUAUCUUUUGAAGAGAGAGCAGAGGUCAGUCAGCCCGAUUCAUUAUUUCCCCUCAACCCCCACGCGCUUUACUACUCGAGCGACUUGCUCCUGUUGCGGCGGCACUGCUGCGAUGAACCAAAACCCUCGCAGAUGCCAUCGUUGUCGCACUAUUGCGAUUGACGAUGGCUACAGAACUGCUCGCAUCACAGCUGAUUUCCGCGACUCGCCCCUACCUGGAGCUUGUCGCGCGAAUGGAUGGGAAUACUUUUGAGAAUGCAAGCUACCAUUCACAAGUGUCGCGUCGCAACGAGGGAGACAAGAGAAAAAGCUUUGCAAUAUCCUAGAGGGUACAGAUACUAAACACAUAGUUUUUUUUAAACAGUGAAUUGAAGCCCGCCUCGAGCUCGAGGACUCACCGCUUGGUCGUGCAACGCAAUCGCGACGCGCUCCUGUGCAUGCACGAACUCGCACUACACAUUUCCAUUGACGCGCUUUCUUCUCGUCGCGAAGAGCCUUCGACGUCCUACGUCCACCUCCCGCUUCCCGUCGGGCAACGAGUCCUCACUUCAUUUCGACGCAAUCCGCUCGUCAACCUCUCGAAGUCUUUCCAGCUGAUGCUCAAUCGUACACCCGGAAACCCUGAAUAACUGGCCGUAUUGUGUCUUGCGCAGCAGUGUCGCGAAACGAAAUCGAUAGUCGUCGGCUUCACACAGACCACCCUAGGCACAUCUCGCCAUGACUUCGACGCAGGAAGGCGAGACGACCGAGGAAGAGAGAUUGAAGGUGGAGGAUCUUCAAGAGAGCAAACUAGAAGAUGACAGCAGAAUACAUGAAGUCGGCUUGCGGGAGGACCGACUACAAGAGGACGAUAUCCACGUAGACGACUUGAACGAUGACCGUAUACAAGAAGAGAGACUCCACGACGCAUCAGUGGAUGAGCGACCGGAGCACGAAUCACUGGAGCACGAGAGGCUGGAACACGAGAGACUGGAGAGCGAGAGGCUGGAGAGCGAGAGAAUGGACGAGGAGCGCAUCCCGACUUAUCCGUCUCCUUUGCCAGAGGAGCGACUUCAAGAAGCCGAUCGAAUGCAAAGCUAUCCUUCACCAUCGGCCGAAGCUCAAGACGGCGGUCCUUAUUAUCACCCGGCUACACGGGACGAUGAACCCCAAGACCAGCAACAGCCGCCGCCCACGCCACAGCAGCCCUCGUCUCACUCUGCCAGUGUGGAGGAGUUGCAGUUGGCUGCUCAGCUUGGCCAGGAUCUUGCAGCAGAGCCCAUGAUGCACGUCACAGAUCCAGGCAUGAACGUCGAGGACCCAAGUCUUCGUAGCAUCAUGCCCAAUCCUCAGUCCCAUUCUCAUUCGGAGCAACCUCAACCCCAACAACAACAGGCCCAGGCCCAGGCCCCGACCCAAGCCCAGAUACAAACGCAGACGCAGGCGCAGGCGCAGACGCAGGCUCAGACACAGGCUCAACAGCAUCAGCACCAGCACCAGCAUCCUCCUCACCAGCAUCCGCAUCAGCACCCUCAUCAGCCCCCUUCCCUCCCGCCUGCCUCUCGUUCUUACGUGCCCGAGGAGGCAUUGCCAGAGUCACUACAGCAACAUAUGCCCAUGUCCGUGCCCAUGGACCACCAUCAUCUUGCUCAACCAUAUGCCCUGGGUGACAGCACUCCGCCUAGGAAACGGUCAAAGGUGUCUCGCGCAUGUGAUGAGUGCCGGAGGAAGAAGGUCAAAUGCGAUGCCCAGUCAGAUGCUGGAGACAGCCCAUGCUCCAACUGCAAACGGUCUGGCAUCCGCUGCAUGUUCAGCCGUGUUCCUCAGAAGCGCGGGCCAAGCAAGGGAUACAUAAAAGAACUUGCCGACAGGAUCAACAGCAUUGAGGGCAAGUUGGAGAUCCAAAGUGAGUCAUUGCCACCCGAGUCAAUGGUAAACUGGACCUCUGCGGCAGCAAUGCUUAACUCCAUGUCAGGCCCUGGUGAGGACACCAGCCGGAAACGACCAUUCUCCAGCAUCUCCAGUACCGACAUCUCUACCCCAGUACCACAGAGACAGGUCGCCUGGGGUACCGAGCCUCGCCCUCUUCAGCCUAUAACAACACCGUCUGAUCGUUAUCAACCGUCCCCUUUCGCCACCAAUGGCUUGGCACCCCAGCCUAUGGCUCUGCCCAUUAAGAAUGACAUGCAGCCACGGCCUCCUAUUGCGUCAAUGGAUGGCCCUGUGGCUGACAUGCCUGAUAUCGAUCAGGCACGGGAUGUGGACGAAGAGGUUUUCAAUGGCUACCUGACCAUGAUUCAUCCUUACUUUCCCUUCCUGCCGAGCAGCAGGGUGCUGAUUCAAGAAUACUUGGCUCAGUGCCCCGGCCUUCUGCGGGAAGCGUUUGUAGAGGCUCUCUCGGGAACCAUUCACUCAUUCCCUUCAUUCCAGUCUGGCACCCCUGGAGAUGUCCGGCUCGCCCACACGCUAUUAGUAGAAUGGGAGGCUAGUGAUUCUACCUCUCGGACUGCCGUUGCGAACCUCGUUUUCCUCCAGACACUUCUCCUCAUGAUUAUUGAGGCUGACAUUCGACCAUUGGGCUCCAUCGGCGCACCCAAGGAAUCCCUAUUGGGCAGAGCGGUAGCGAGCGCCAACACCCUGAAGCUGUACCAGGCCAAGGCAGAUCUUUCCGAGGCUGAAGCAGGCCCAGAUAACGAAAGCCAGCUUCGUGUCAGGAUCUGGUGGUCGUUGGUCUUGCUCGACCGAUGGAAUGCUGUGGGUGCUGCGGUGCCUUCCUUGAUCCGAGAUGAGAGCGUGGUCCUGGCACCUGGCCUCAAGGCUGUCAUCGGCGAAGUGCCGUAUCUGCUGAUCCGUGCGUCCAAGUUCCUCAGCCGUGCGUCGUCCAUGAUUACCAACUUCCAAGAGCCACUCAACACAACCUUUGCGGACCGCAUGGUGGGCUCCUUUAUGGAUGCGUGGGUAGAAGACUUUCGUGAGGAUCUGCCUGCCCACAUCGAGCCCAACAUUUAUCCUGUUAUUCACCUUGUAUAUUGGCACUGCCGCUUGUUAGCAUAUCUUCUCAACCCAUCCGCCAAGUCGACCGAUGUCUUGUGGCCCGGUCAAGAGCUGAUCAACCUCCUGAUUGGCCAUUCGCAACUCAUCACGCCCUUGCACCAUCAUUUUACAGUUCUGGCGGUGCUCACAUUAGUCGAGCUGGCAAAGUUGGAUAAGACAAAGGAGGAGGCCACAAGGCUUCUUGGUGAAUUCCGAGACUCUUCACUUCCAGCUUCCGUCUUCGAUGGACUGGUUCGGGACAAGAUUGCUGAUCACCUUCGCCUCUCCACUAAUACUGCCGCAGCUCCAGCUCCAUCUGCUAUGGAGGCAGCUGCAAGCCAGGGGCUGCAGCAUCUAGCCGAUUUAGCAACUCUCUCAUCAGCUGCUGUGGAAAAGACAGAGGAGGCACCGACCUACCGCACUGCGCUCAGCUACGAAGACAUGGGCUUCGACCCUCGACCGUUACUGCUUAUUGGUUACCUCAAUGUUGUCCGCGCAACUCAACAAGCAGCUUAGGAACCUUCUCAUUUUGCGUGGAUCGAGCAACGGCAGGAGCGGCAGCUGCGUGAACAACAACAGCUAGCGCAGCAAAUGGCAGAUUGUCAGCAGCCACAGGAGGCGGGGAGUGUCGUGGAGUCCCAGCAGGUACUGCAUCAUUCACAGCAUGGAGAGGAAGAAUUGCAGGGGCAGGGGCACCCGCUGCUGCUGGAACAACAGCAGCUCCUUCAGCUGGAGCAUCAAGCUACUGAGCAGCGUAAUGCUCAACCGCCGAACACGGGCUUUCUGGGAUACUCAGAAGUGACUGGCAAAAAGCACUUUUGGUACUAUUGAAGAUGUUGACAGCGACAGUGGGCGAGUGCCUCUCUAUGUUGGAAGGAGAUCAAGUGUGGUUGCGCGAAAGGUCGAUAUGGAUCAACCAGGGUGUUUAUCCAUAUGGUUACCAUCCAUCAGUGGAAGAUACAGAUGCUUGCGACACCUAUCUGGGUGCUUUAGGAUCGGUGUAUUAAUAUGAAGUGUAAUGUACAAUUAGUUCUCUCUAUAAGCCGCA